CCCGAACCCCGGCUUAGAAUAACUCGUCCCCGCCCACUCAGCACAACCUACACGCCCCUUUUCCAUUCCUGGAUCCACCAGCAGCUCCGCCCCGAGGUCGGAUGAUUGACAGCAGGCUGUGUGUACGACGGACGGAGUGUUGUACGGCGGGGGGAUAGAGUGGUGUGGUGUGGAGGUGAAAUGGACAACAAGGGGAAGUUAUGUGUGUAUGAGCGGUAAGACCUCGUCCGGGCACCUCUACAGGUAUCUGCUGUAUGCCUUUCCAAAAUAAAUCGGGCACCAAUGGAAACCGAUAACGAGACUGCUAAGGACAGAAUACCCAGAAUCGAUACCUAUGGAUUUCAAAGGCCUGACGGUUUUGAUUAUACAUUUUAUGAAGAAUUUCAAUCCAGAUACUUAGUAGUUCUCACCAGAAGAGCUAUAAAAUGGUCGAAACUUUUGCAAACGUCUACAGCUGUUGAGCAGAGCAUGAAAGUAAAGAGAUAUAUUAGGAAAGGCAUUCCUAAUGAACAUCGCUGUCACGUGUGGAUGUUCGUGAGUGGCGCACAGGCCCGAAUGGAGAAGAACCCAGGAUACUAUCACAAUGCAUUAGUAGAGGGAAAGAAGAAUACCAAGCUUGUGGAUACUGUCAUUACAGAUCUAAACAGAACGUUUCCUGAUAAUGUGAAGUUCCGUAAAGAUGCAAGCCAAUGUUUACAGCCAAUGCUAUAUAAUAUUUUAGUGGCUUAUGGCCACCAUAAUAGCAGUGUGGGCUAUUGCCAGGGUAUGAAUUUUCUCACUGGAUACCUUAUUUUGGUUACUAAAGAUGAGGAAAAGGCCUUCUGGUUGUUGGAUGCUCUUCUUGGACACAUUUUGCCUGACUAUUACAGCCCUGCGAUGAUUGGUCUUAAAGUAGACCAGGAAGUACUGGGAGAUCUUGUUAAAUUGAAGAUCCCAGCUGUGGCUGAUUUAAUGGAGAAACAUGGAGUGAUGUGGACUCUUGUGGUCUCCCGUUGGUUUAUUUGCUUGUUUAUAGACGUCCUUCCAGUAGAGACUGUGUUACGAAUAUGGGACUGUCUAUUCUACGAGGGAUCAAAAAUAAUUUUUCGAGUAGCCUUAACACUAAUAAAACAGUACCAAGCUUUCAUAUUAGAAAGCCGAAACUUUCCAGAUGUGUGUGACAAGUUUAAGGAAAUAACCAAAGGACAAUUGGUCACAGAAUGCCACCUCUUCAUGCAGAAAAUCUUUGUUGAUCCGGGACGUUUAUCAAAAACGUCAAUAAUCAAGUUACGAGAGAAACACAGAUCACAGUUACUCACUCAGGAAUAAUUGGCAGAUGGAGAAUUAUUAGCAAUGCAUUCCUUCAAUAUAAUGUUUGCACAGAUUAACCCCUCCCUGUCUGGUGGGUAUGCUGUACUUGGCAAGACGUGGCAGUGAGGGGUUAACAGACGGCACUGACUGUUAGCACAGGCCUUGGACCUGUCUAAGUGCUUUAUUCACUUGUUUUGUACUGUACUGAUACUGGUAGACGUGACCAGUUGUGUGUUUUCUUUUUUAUGUGAUCUCUUGUUAACAUACAACUGAUUCAGUGAAAUAAAUGUAUAAUAUACACACUACCAGUUAAAUACUUGUAAUAAAAUAUUUAUUUCUCUGAUA